AUGGAGAUACAUAAAACAAAGGAGAGUCUAUGGCAAAACAGUAUCAGACCAGCAACCAAGAAAGAUGGAACUUUUAGGAUAAGCAUUACACAUUAUUACACAUGUGAGUCAAAUAUAACAGGCAAAUAUUUGAUAAAUAAUGUUUACGAUAUAAAGGUGAGUUAUAUGAAUUUGCAAGAACUUUAUCAGAGCUGUAUAUAUAAUUAUGUUUUCAAAAUUGAUUUAAGAACACAAGAAACAAGUUGGUUUAUGAUAAGGUUUAAAGCAGCUUAAUUAGGUUUCAAAAAAGCUAAUCAUAAGUUAAGUAUAAUAUAAGAAGAUGUCAAUGCCGUAAUAAUCUAAGGCUAUUGAAAUUUAAAAUUAACAUCAAUCAACAUAUAAAAAUUUGAUAGAAACUGGGAUUAGAUGCAGCAGGAAAAACAACUAUUUUAUAUAAAUUAAAAUUAGGAGAUAUUGAAAGUUUAGUUCCAAUAAUUGCAUUUAAUUUAGAGAAAAUUUAAAGUAAAUAAUUUGAUAUAAAUUGAAGGAGCUAAUAAAAUAAGAACACUUUGGAAGCCUUACUUUUAGAAUAGCAAUGGAUUAAUUUAUGUUAUUGAUUGUUCUGACAAAGAAAGAAUGAGUGAAGCAAAAGACGAAUUAUAUAGGUUGCUGCUUGAUACUUUACUUCUUGGCUUAACAACUUUAAUAUAUGCAAAUAAAUAAGAUUUAUCAUAAAUGAGCCCUUCUGAUUUGGCUUCUGAAUUAAAUCUUCAAAAAUUUGCUAAGAAUUGGCAUAUACAACCUUGUUGUGUAAUUACUGGUGAAGGACUUGAAAAUGGUCUAAAAUGGAUUUAAGUAGUUAAUACUUAAAUGAAAUAUUUAUUUUUAUUAAUAUACCAUAUUGAUAUAUCAAUUUCCUGUAAAUAUAAAUAACCUUAAAAACAAGUUAUAAUGAUAUAUAUUUUUAGUUUUGAAUGGAUUUGA